AUGCCUGCCCCUGCUCCUGCUGAAGGUGUUGCAGACUGUGGCCCGCCGCCCCCCCGCGGGUCAGCUGAGCCCCUACCACUUGCACCUGCAACUGAGGAUGCGUUGCCCUUGCUGCCCCCAACACCGGUGCCUGCCGCACCACAGCAACCGUCCCUGUGCGGGUCGCACACCCCACGUUCAGCAACCAGCACACAGCUUGACCCUCCCACGCAGGUUCCUGGCGCGGAGCAGGUAAUUGCCAACAUUGCUGCCCGGGCUGCGCCAAACGCGGCCGCUGCUAGGGGACGUGGCCGCAGAGGCGGGCGAGGGCGUGGACGGCACAUCGUAGUCACUGCGCCGCCGCCCAUGCCGUCUGGCAGUGCUUCUGCCGACGUGCAGCCCGACCCCGCAAAUAGGCCGACCGGACCGCAGCGGCGCGCAGCAGCCGCUGAAGAGGCUUUUCAGGCAGGCUUGGUUUCGCUUGAUGCCGUAUCCCUUGAGGACGAGGUCCGCAAAUGCGUGCAUACCCUCCAAAGCGUGCCUGCAAAACUGCGGGGCACCGUCCGUGCCGCUUUGCGAGCCGGACUCCGGCUUGCUGCGGCGCGUGCCUCCCCUCAAGAGGAGCUCCGGGGCGCCUGUCGGGGAGCGGCAGCAGGCCCCUCCGGGGCGACCAAUGAACAUCUCCGAAUCCUUCUCGACGAUGAGAAGGAUGGUCGGCUUCUCCACGUCGUCGCCGAGCGUCUUGCCCAAGCCGAUGUCCCGCCGCUGGCCCUCGCUGCACCCCGAGUUGGCCGCAUGGUCGCGCUGCGCAAGUCCGGGGGAGUUGUCGGAGAUGUCCUUGGGCGCCUCACUGGACGGGUCCUAGCCCAAACUUAUGCGACCCAGCUGCAACAAGCAUGUCUGCCCUUCCAGUUCGGCUUGAGCACACACGCUGGCACAGAGGCCCUUGCACGUGUGCCCAAGGUCGCGACCGAGCUAGAUCCACGGGCCACGGUGCUUUCCGUUGACGCAGCUGGGGCCUAUGAUCAUGCUUCCCGCGGGGCUAUGCUGGAGGCGCUGCAUGCCAGGCCUGAGCUGCAGCCACUGCNNCGCCCGGCAGUUCUAUGUGAGGGAGGGGAGCAGGGAGACCCCUUAAUGCCUGGCCUGUACUCGCUCGUUGCCCACGCCGCACUCCAAGAGGUGCAGGCCGGCCUGCGAGACGGAGAGGCUGUGCUUGCUUUCCUCGACGACGUCUAUGUCGUCGCGCUCCCCGACCGGGUCAGGGAAUUGUAUGCUGCGGUUGAGGUUGCAUUAUGGAGGCAUGCACACGUGCAGCUAAAUCGUGCCAAAACACGUAUCUGGAACGCAGCCGGCAAGGAGCCUGCAAACAUCGGCGACCUUCGGCCAGUCGGUGGUGACCCUGUUUGGGUCGGCGACUGGGCACUGCCCCGUGACCAGCAAGGCCUCAACGUCUUGGGCACGCCGCUGGGGUCGGAGGCGUUUUUGCGGAACCAGCUCGUGCUCAAACGGGAGGCCCAUGACCGCUUGCUGCAUGCCAUCCCCGCGGUUGAGGACCUUCAAGCGGCAUGGUUGCUGCUGCGCUACUGCGCUGCACCGCGAGCCAAUUACCUCCUCCGCGUUUUGUCCCCAGCAGCAACGGCCGAUUACGCCGCCGAGCACGAUGCCGCGCUUGCUGCGUGCAUCGCCGGGCUUCUCGGCCGUGCGGGCCACCCGCUGCCGGAGG